CACACCCAGUCAUUUGUUGACGACGCCGUAAGAAGAGGUGAAUUUGCAUGUUUUUCCGAACGUCGUCAGUUAUCUAUCGAAAAUUAUACAAUUUUUUGCCCCUCAACUGGUCACGUUGAACUGGGGUUCAACGGGGGUGAAGGAACCGGACCUGGGCUCCCCGUGAAGCACCAAACAGAGACGGUCUAUCGCCGACUGUCGGGAAAAGGCAACAAAAUGGCGUGCUGCCUUACCGAAGAAUUGAAGGAGCAGAAACGAAUCAAUCAAGAGAUAGAGAGACAAUUACGCAAAGACAAGAGAGAUGCGAGGAGGGAGCUCAAAUUACUUUUAUUAGGUACUGGUGAGAGUGGCAAGAGUACAUUCAUUAAACAGAUGAGGAUUAUUCAUGGCACCGGUUACUCUGACGAUGACAAACGCAGCUUUAUCAAAAUUGUCUAUCAAAACAUUUUUAUGGCAAUGGGCUCCAUGAUCCGAGCCAUGGAGACUCUGAAGAUCCCGUACAGAAACGAAAAUGCAGACAACGCAGCUAUGAUUAGAAAUGUUGACUACGAAACGGUGACGACGUUUGAACAGCCAUAUGUCGAUGCUAUCAAUGCAUUGUGGGCCGACCCCGGUAUCCAGGAGUGUUAUGAUCGGCGGAGAGAAUAUCAGCUCACAGAUUCGGCCAAAUACUACCUUAACAAUGUUGACAGGAUUGCAAGCCCCGACUAUUUACCAACAUUGCCCGACAUUUUGAGAGUCCGAGUACCCACCACUGGCAUCAUAGAAUACCCCUUUGAUUUGGAUAGUAUAAUAUUUAGAAUGGUUGAUGUUGGAGGCCAGCGAUCUGAAAGAAGGAAGUGGAUUCACUGUUUUGAAAAUGUCACGUCCAUUAUGUUUUUAGUCGCCUUAAGUGAAUAUGACCAGGUGUUGGUCGAAUCGGAUAGCGAGAAUCGUAUGGAGGAGUCGAAAGCGUUGUUUAGGACAAUUAUCACAUACCCAUGGUUCCAGAACUCCUCUGUUAUUCUCUUUCUAAACAAGAAGGAUCUUCUUGAGGAGAAAAUAAUGCAUUCGCAUCUGGUGGAUUAUUUCCCAGAAUUUGACGGUCCUAAAAAAGAUGCCUUGGCAGCAAGAGAAUUUAUUCUUAAAAUGUUUGUUGAGCUAAAUCCUGAUCCAGAUAAAAUCAUUUACUCUCAUUUUACAUGUGCAACAGACACAGAAAACAUCAGGUUUGUUUUUGCAGCAGUUAAGGACACCAUUCUGCAGCUGAACCUUAAAGAAUACAACCUGGUUUGAACCUGCCGUGCAGGCAGCACAUUUUGUCGGCAAUUAAACGUCUUUUCGUGAAAGUGUCCUUGAUUCGAGUUAAGCGGAGCACUGAAUCACGAGCCAGGGUCUUGUGCUGUUUGUGUUCUCUGCCUGGACGACACGUUGGGCAAAAAAGUCACUUCUACUUUUUUAUGGAAGUAAAACUGCACCGUCGGACCAUAAUCAUGUAAAAAAAAAUUGUACAUCUGCAAAAACUAGCGUGGGAUGUGAAAAUAUGAUAGCAGCAGCAGCAGCAACAACAGCAGUGUCUGGCUGUCGUCAAGGACAACAUAAUUUAUGCGUGAGUGAACUCAGUUCUCUUUGUGAUUGGCCCCAGUUUUUGUAUCCAUUUUUUUUUUUUUUUUUUUUUUUGCUGAUGUUCGUUCAUCAGGCUCUGACUCUUGCCUUGCCAAACGGAAGCCCUGCCUUACGGACACUUAAAGGUCAAGGACAUAAUUGUUUCAAGACGCUGGGCCGACACGCGAGACCGCGCCAUUAAAAACUUGUUCCUUAUGCCAGCCACACUUUAAACACUACUCAUUAUAAAUAGAACAGACCGAUCUCCUGUACUGUGUGGAGUGAUCUCCCUUGCUACCAUGGAGUGACCUCUUGUGUGGAGCAAUCUCCAUUGCUAUCAUGGAGUGACCUCUUGCGUGGAGUAAUCUCCCUUGCUAUCAUGGAGUGAACCUCCCCUUGUUACCAGCUGCGCACUCCGGCAGAACGUACUUUGAGAAAGGCUAACGAGAGGAACUGAAUUGUGCUUUCUGUGUAGCAGUUUGAACUGGCUGGAACUGUCUUUGUUUUGUUAAUAUCUCGCGCCUGUCGCACGGGACGGAUUGUACGUGAUUGGUCGAUCCACGGUCAGUGGGGAAAAAAAAGCUCUGAUUUGUUUGUUAUAAAUGUAUUUAAACACAAAAUUAACAAAACGGUGCAAUUUCGUAUUGGACAGGACCGGCUAUAUAAUUAUAAUAAUGAUGCAAGUACGAUGUUUAUGUUACCCCCCACUGUGUUUUGGAGAAAUCAUUUUGACCCUCUGAUCUAAAGCAGGAGGGGUACUGUGUGUUAUUUUUUGUGACUGUUAAAACGCUUUGCACUGUUUGAGACUAGUAAAACAAAUUUGUAAAUAGAUACACUAUGAAGACAAGACACUAAAGGAUGAACCAUCCUGCUUGUGGUAAACUCUAGUUUUUUAAAUCAUGUCUCUCUCUCUCUCUCUCUCUCUCUCUCUCGCAAAAAAUGUCUCUGCCAUAAGACCGCUCCCAUACCAGUAUAUAUCUGUCAAAACCAACUCCAGUCAGUUUAAUACCACUUAACCUGUUUGUACUGGUUAAGUUUGGUUUCACCAGCCAGCAAUGUUGUGGACAGUUCAUAUUGGUUGAAACUGGCUUCAAGAAGUCUGUGAUUUUUUAUUUGAUUAUUUUUUUUGCAGGCAGCUUGGACCAGUUAAAACUGGUUUCAAAAUGUCUGUGAUGUUAUUGCAGGCAGUUUGAACCAGUUAAAACGGGUUUCAAACCGUGCGAAUCAAUUGCAGGCAGGGUGUACUGGUUCCAACUGGUCUGAGGUCUUAUCGCAGGCAGCUGGUGCUGGUUAAAACUUGUUUAAAAUAUGCUGCAGUUUUAUUUCAGACCACUUGUACUGGCUAAAACCAGUUUGUGUCGGACUGUGAUCUCAUUGUGCACAGAUUUUGCUGGUUUAAACUGGUUCGAACCAGUCAUAAUAUCUGCGUGCAUUUGGCUUGUAGCAGCUUAUAAUAUAUUCAUGUUAAGUCUUGUUUUUUUAAGAAACCAUUCUGGAUGUUUUGGAUGACUGUGGACCGGUUUAAACCAGUAGAUAAUCGAUUUUAAACAGUUUUAAUCAGCAUUCAAACUUAAUUUUUCUAGUCAAUCUAAAUUUGGCAGCAAGUGCUUAAGAAACAUUUUCACAGAAAAUGGGAUGUUAAAAAUAGCAUACAGGGUUUUAAUUUGAUUUUUCUUCCUUUUUUUUCUUUGUUUUUUGUUGAAUACAAAAUAAAAAGUUAUCUCUUCAACUGACAGCAAUAAUUUUUGUCCAAUGGCCCAAAGAAAAAGGGCAUAGAUAAAGCACCUGAUUACGGCAAUUCUGAGAUUUGCAAGAGAAUGGAAUUCAGCUUUUUUUAUAUUCGCAACCUGACAACACAACAGUAAAGUCAGUCCGCAAACCCAUAGUCAGUUUGUCAGUAAUUACAGCAUAUAAUUUUUUUUUAAUGCAUUGACACGUCAGUAAUUUCCUACUUCGUUAAUCUCAACUACAGUGAAAGUUAUCAAAACCAGAAAUUCUGUAAACCGGAAUUCCUUCAAAACCGGAUCUUUUUCAUGAUCCCUUUUUAAAUAUAUCUCUCUAAAUUGGAUCUCCCUUAAAACCAGACUUUUUAGUUGGUCCCGUGGGUGUCCAGUGUACGUUGGUGUCACUGUACUGGAAAAAAAAAUGUAUACAUUAUUUUGCAGCUUUCAAAAUAAGCACUUGCCGAUUUUUACUGACAUGGGAAAAAUCUGCUCGGACAGCCAAAGUAUACAUCGGUGGUUGUCCAGUGUACAAGUUAAAAUGUUAGUGCUUUUUAUCUUCUGUUUUUUGAGCCAUCAAAUCAUCUUUGUAUGUGAAUAACACAAACCAUUUAUUUGGAUAUGUGAAAAUAUUGGCGGACAAGUAGGUUUGUUGACAUAGUUGUCCUGUGAAAUAUUCUGCUUAUUUCUAUCACUGCUUUGGUCACACUUUGAAACACAGAAACUGGCUGAUAACCAGCCAGCCAGUCUUAACUACAGCUAGAUGAAUUCAAUUGAUUGUUGGUUUUAAAAUUACCAAAUGUUUGACAUCCAAUAUUCAAUUGAUUGUUGGUUUGAAAAUUACCAAAUGUUUGACAUCCAAUAUCCGAUGAUUAAUAAAUCAAUGUGCUCUAGUGGUGUCGUUAAACAAAACAAACUUUAAACUUUAUUGUUGGUUAUCGUAGUACCGUACCGGGACUGUUUGAAACUGGCAUGAUUGUCACUCCUAAACCAAGCCAUAAUAGAAAGUGAAUUGAUGUAUUAUAUAAUCGUAAACUCUUCAACAGCAGCCACUUUUAAUCCAGUGACUUUGAUAUGAGAGGAAGGAAUCAGUGGUUUUUAUUAUUGAGUAUGUGUGGAUGUGUUAUAUAAUGUCUGUUGUUGCAUUUCUACCGUUGCCUCGUCAUAUAAUGCAGUUCGCCAUUUCCUCAUGAUUAUUUUUUUUUUUAUUUUUUUUUAUUUUUUUUUUUUCCUUCUGCUGUAGGGUGUUGUUUUUUUUUUUUCCCCCCAUUCAUGUCAUGUCAUGUGAAAAUUUCAUUUUCAAGGGUUGUUAGGGUGUUGCCAGAAAGUUUGAAUUAUCCUGACGAAUGAAGAGUUGAUUUCCAAAACACGAUAUACGUUUUCACAUUUUGGAGUUGGCCGUGAAGGUAUGCCACUUAGCAAUACGAUGAUGGUUUCCAUCUAAAUGCUUUUGAACAGGAUGUAAAAACACUGCUACCUGUGAUAAACGGCAUCUCAUGUUGCAACAAAAUCAUGUUUUUCUGAAAAUGAUGUACCGUAAAUGGACAUAUUGUGUGUUGGAAAUUAACUUGUAUAUAAUAUAUAUUAAGGUAACAUUUCAUUUAUAUCUUUCCUUUUUUUUUUUUUUCCUUCUUUCCUUUGCUAUCCUUUUUUUUUCUUCUUUCUUUCCUAUUUCUUUUCCUGGUGGGUUAUUUCGGUUGGCAUUUAAAAUAUUUUUUAUGACUACGGUAGUUGAAUAUCUAUCUAUUAAUCAUAAAAGUAAUAGUUGGGGAAUAUGAUUCGUUUGAUUUUGUCAAACAUUUUCCAUUUGCUCUUAUAAGAUUACUUAAAGGCAUACUGUCACGGAGUUAAGGACCUUAUUUCUCUAAAAAUGGAUAAUCAAUAAAAAUUACUUUAAUUGUUGGAAACAAAAUCUAGCUAUCGCAUCACCUUAACUGAACCAUGAUCAA